AUGAAGAUCCCAGUCGUGGGCCCCUUGGCGUUGACCCUUGUUUCUGCUGCUGCAUUUGGUUUCGUCAACGGUCAACAGCAGAACAACACCUCCAAUCCGCUCGUCACACGCAACCCGCCAGAGGAAAUCGAUGUCUCGCUCAACCUCACAUCGGGACCAUACGACAAUUACCUCUUUCGCAGCAACCUGACGGCAGCGCAGGUCCUACUCACCAACACCACCGCAGCCAAUCCACCUGACAAUUCGACCAAGCCUAUCCUCAACCGCUUCGUGGUUGCGCUUCCCGCGGGCAACUCUGGCUCUGUGGCGUACUUUUUGCCAUACACUGUUGGCUCCAAUGCUACCGAACAGCCGGCCUCUGUGGGACAGGGUCUGACCGUGACCCUGGGCGAGGCAGGGAUCAAAGGCGCCAAUGGCGAGUACAACCAAUCCGGCGUGACUGGUGAAUUGAUCUUUUCGCAAUCCGCCACGCUUGGCACCACCUUGCUCGGCUCCAUCAGGACGGUACGAGACUAUACCGAGGGUAAUGGUCUCACCCACGAGAUCUUCAACUGGACCGUCACGCGGGCCGACAAGCAGACCAUCUGGCUGACCAAGCCCUGGAUCAACGAGACCAUCGUCCGCAACGCCCAGGGAGAGCAAACGGGCAAGGUGCGAUACGCGCUCGAGUGGCUUCUUCAAGCCAACAACGGCACUACAUUUGACGUGAUUCCUUCCAACAACGGCAGCUAUACGCCGCCGACGAUCCACAUCCUCGCGCCGCCUGCGCAGACAAACGAUACCGCCCGCGCCAUCCCGCCGCCUGCUUCGGUCACGUUUACAGUGCAGGUCAAUGAGACCGCGCUCGCGCCCCUCGCCGUCGACACGCUGUUUGCGCCCAACACCACCGCUUCGAUGCAGCGCGCGGCGCAGGCCCAGUUUUCCUUCCUCACCUACGCAUCCAAGUUCACUGCGGGCGGCUGGCGCUUCCUCACCUAUUUUGGCCGCGACACCAUGUUCACCACGCGCAUGCUGAUGAACAACAAGACGCUCACGCCGUUCGCCAUCGAGUCGGUGCUCGGUGGCGUGCUCGAGCGCAUCAACGCCACUUCGGGCGAGGUCUGCCACGAGGAGACUAUCGGUGAUUACGCUACGUUUGUCAACAUCGGCGAGGGUAAGCCGGAGAGCGGAAACGAGCCUUUCUACGACUACAAGAUGAAGGAUACCCACUAUGUGCUGCUGCCACAGCUGGCGGAUUAUCUGCUGCGGUACAAUGCUACGACGCCGGAGUUGUCGAGUUCGGGCCCAGCGCGCGAGUUCCUCUCGCGCCGUGCCGUGUUGGCGAACGGCACGAGCUACUACGAGCUGCUGUAUGCCAAUGUCGAGUAUGUGCUCAACACGUCGAUUGCGUUCGCACAGGAUCCGAGCGACUACAGGAACCUGGCGCGUGUCAAGCCUGGCCUGAGUGUCGGCAACUGGAGGGACAGCAAUCAGGGUCUGGGGUGGGGAAUGUUUCCUUGGGACGUUUCAACCGCUCUGGUACCCGCAGCACUGUACGCCGUAUCCGAUCUGGCCAGAGCAGGGCUGCUGUCCAACUUCACUUCGACCGCAGUCAACGCCAGCGGAGCCGUGUUGGCCGACAAAGCGGCGCAGUAUGCACAAGUGUGGGAGCGAGAAGCCCCCAAGUUUUUCGAGUACAACGUGUCGGCGCAGCAGGCGCAGCAGAGGUUGGAAGCGUACGUGCAGCGCGCCAACCUCUCAUCCUCUUUGCUCUACGGCCAAGGCUCGCUGAAUUUGUCUGCUUCGAACGGGAGCACCGCCGACGACGUGCAGCGUAGGUGGCGCAGUGUAGGCUGGAGCCGGGAAGCAGAGUUUGCGCUCACUGCGCGCCAGGAGCCUGUUGCGAACAGUACACAGGGUAGGCAAGGAGGAAACACGACGAUCUACAGCCUCUCGCUGCUGGAGGACGGCACGGCGGUACCCGUGCUCAACUCGGACUUGUCAUUCAACCUGCUGUACUCUCGCAAUCCUUCACGCAGUCUGAUCGAAGCGGUCAUCACAGCGCUGCAGCCGUACCCGCGCGGGCUGCUGACCAACGUCGGCAUGCUCGUCGCCAACCCCGCCUACGACCCCAACACAACCAAAACCAUCGAGCUCGACCGCACCGCCUACCACGGCACUGUCUCGUGGGGGUUCCAGACCAACUUCAUGGCGUCCGGCCUCGACCGGGUCCUUGCCUCUUGCGACGCUGCCGCGCACAGGACACAGGUCGAGACCAGCGGGCUGACCGCGCGACCAGAGUGGUGCGACGACAGAGCGCUGGUGCAGGCGUUGGAGGAUGGACGGGCGAGGCUGUGGCAGGCGGUGAACGGCGCGUUUGCCGAGCGCUUUGCAGAGGUGUGGAGCUGGACGUGGAGCAAUCAGAGUCAGCGCUUUGCGGUCACGGCGUUGGGCGAGAUCAGUCCAGAGGGCACAGAGAGCGAUGCGGUCCAGUUGUGGAGUUAUGGCCUGUUGGGGAUUCAGGAUCCCACGGGCAACACGACGUCGACUGCUGGGACUGCCUGA